AUGGGCAAGGGCUAUGGCGGUUUCGGCGAAGGCGUAUGCACGUGUGCGCGCUGCAUGCGCCGCGCUGGGCCCAUCCGCGAAGAUGUCGACAACAAGCUGGUGCAGAUUACGUACGCACUGGCCAAUGUGUAUGAAGACACGCCCGACCUCGAGCGCCGCGUGACGGAGGACCACCGGCGCCGCGCGGGCGAGCUCAUGGCCGCCGUGGAGCGCGGCGACUGCGGCGCGCUGCGCGCGCUGCUGGAGGGCGUCGAGGCGGAGGAGGACGACGGGCUGGUGGAGCCCGGGACGGCCAGCGAGGUUGCGACGUACCUCGUGCUCAGCGCGGCGCAGCUUGGCCAGGCGGGCGCCGUCGGCGUGCUGGCUGAGUUCGACGCUGACCUGGAGGAGGCCGACGGCGUCCGCAAGGGCACCCCCCUGAUGCACGCGGCCAACAACGGCGAGGCGGCCGCCGUGCGGGCGCUCAUUGAGUGCGGCGCAGACGUGGAGGCGACCGACGACAACGGGUACACAGCGCUGAUGGUGGCGGUGUUCAGCGACCGACGGCGCGACGCCGCUUGA